AUGGGGUUGGGAAGGUGUUCUAUCUGGUAACUACGUGAAUUUUGUAACACCUGUGACGUUGAAUCACCUUGUCCUAUCAGGAAACAGGAGAGCUAUAAAUUACCCUCCAGUGAAGAAUUCCAGCCAAUUCCACAACUACCUGAAGAAGAACAAAAGAAACUUCUGAUCUUCCUGGAAACAGAAGAGAUGAUUCUGCCAGUGGUGUUCCUGUGUCUCACAGCUGUGCUGCCUCCAUCCACUGGACAGGAAACUGAAGCUCUCCAUGCUCUGUCAAGCAGCAGAGCAGAGCAGCAAAAGCUGAUUGUUGACAGACAUAAUGCCCUCAGGAGAGGAGUAAAACCAACUGCCAGCAACAUGAUGAAGAUGGAAUGGUGUCCUCCAGCUGCAGAGAAUGCCCAAAAUUGGGCCAAUAAAUGUACUUUAAGGCACAGUCCUCCUAAUCUGAGGAGAACAAAUGUACUAUGUGGUGAAAAUCUCUUCAUGUCCUCUGCCCCAUUCUCAUGGUCAGAUGUUCUUCAGGCCUGGUACAAUGAGGGGAAGAAUUUUGAAUAUGGAACUGGGGCAAAAACAAAAGGUGCUAUGUUUGGCCAUUACACUCAGAUGGUUUGGCACAACUCUUAUAAAAUUGGAUGUGGUUUAGCUUUCUGCAGCAACACUACGUACAGUUACUUUUACGUCUGCCAGUACUGCCCCGCGGGAAACAUAAUAAGUUCAAUGAAGACACCCUACAAGGAAGGAGAGCCCUGUGGGGAUUGCCCCAACGCUUGUGAGGAUGGAUUGUGCACCAACCCUUGAAAGUUUGAAAAUGCUUUUUACCAACACUCCUGGCAAAGUGUCCAAGAUGUAUCCAGAGCUUCGUCAAGUCCACUGCUCUGCUCCUGUCAAUGCAAAACUGGAAAAAAAUAAAAGGCUCAACUUUUACCUUCCUGGACAUUCAUUCCUUAAUGAAUUCUUCCACAAACACUGAUUCCAUCCUGCCUCUCCAAUAUGUGCAGAAGGACUGACUUGUGUACAGUGACCCAUGCCAGAAAAAUCUGUAGGAUGAUACAUAUUUACUUUUUAUAUAAUGGUUCAGAACAUGGUAGAGAUCUUAAUUUAAAUUUGUUGUUUGUUUGCCAGAUAUAUUUAAUUAUUAGCUUUUCUCAUCUUUUCCCAAAAUUUUACCUAAUAAACAUUUUUUAAAGGUCUGUGGUUCCAUGUGCUUGUUGUGUUCUUGGCAUAGAUGGAUAGUGCUUGGUCAUGUAACUGCUUUUAACUUGACUGAAAAUUUAAACUAUUGUACUGUUAACAGGACCAGAAGAUAAAAAGGAUUCCUUGAAAUACAUAAUUCUUAAAAGAAAUUAGGAGAGCAGAGCAGUUUUCUCUAGUUCUAUUCUGGUUUAGAAUCUGUUGCUGACAUAUGUUCUACUGUAAAAUGCUCAGUUGUGAAAAAAACACAAAAAAUACCCCAAAAAAACAAACCAAAUGUAGUUCAUUUAAAUUAAGAAUCCUAUUUAUAGUGUA